AUGGAAUACACUAUUAGAUGUGAUGUGGAGUCGGUCAAUACGGAUAGCCUCCCACAGGAUUUCAGAAACGAGAAUUGCGUUUAUCCACGGGCGUGCUGCGCCAAGGAUAGCUACAAAGGCAAUCGCCUUCAAUACGAGAAUGAGUGCAAUACAGUCGGCUGGGCACUGGCCGAGUUAAAUCCGUGCCUUCGCGCAAAGAGAGGUCUAAUUCAGAGAGCCGUGGACAGUUGGAGGAACAGCAAUCAAGACCCUCGAUUACGUAGUAGACGAGUGAGACGAAUGGCUAAAAUCAACACACGAAAGAAUGCAAAUCACACAAAUAAUCACCUGGCUGGUCCACGUGACGUUGGAGGACAACCACCUAGUACGAAUCCUAUGGCGGCGCCCGUUCAAAGACCGCCUCCAGCGAAUAUCAGCAUGGCAGGGCCGGCGCAGCUACACCAUCACCACGCGCACCCUGAUGGAAGCACAACGGGCAGCACAGAUGAUGUUAGCGUGAAUGGUGACUUCGAUCCCCAACCACCACAUCAGCAAGCUCCCAAAUCUUUACCCGCCUCGAUCCGUCCAUCCAAUGUCUUCCACGGCUAUCAAGCCUACCCUCAACAUCCAGCCUCGGCCGCCUCCAUGCCUCCUCACCUCUCCAACGGCCUCGAUCACUCCAUGCCCAAUCAUGCCAUCUCAACCUCCUCUUCCAUUCCCACCGCAGCCACCAAAAUCGAAAAGUCAUCGCCAUCUCCCGAGAAAAAGCACAGCUCCGUUUUCAGCGACCUGCCCGAAGCCAAGCGCCGCAAAUUUAUCCUCGUCGAUGACACCGUACGCAAAACCCGCGUGCGCGUCAAGGUCAAUCUCGAAUCUGUAGAGAUCGCUGAGCUCCCUGACUCUUACCGAUGGGACAAUUCUGUCUACCCGCGCAGUUGGUACCCAACGGAAAUGCCUCCGAGUCCCCGCGCCAAGAGGGCCCGCAGGAUCAGGUUUGUUGAGGAUGAUGCAGAAGAUGGAGGCGAAGGUCAGGGCGACGGCUUAGGUGUUCCGGAGAUGGGUCGGGGGAUGCAAGUGGGAAGGGUGACUGUUCCCGUGCCGAUGGUGGAAAGGAGGGAGGGGACGCUGAAAGUUCCGGGUUUGGGGAGGAGGGCCAAGGAGAGGGAGGAGAAGUUGAAUGAAUUGGGGUAUCGAAUCAGUUGGAGUCAGAGUAGGACGUUUGCGGGGAGGGUGGUAUUCCUGCAGAAGAGCUUGGACGCGUAUAGAAACAAGGUCGGCAGUACCAUCGCUGCCGGAGGCCAGGAAGUUUCGACCGUGGCGCCACAUCUUGAGACGCGGACUGGGAAGAAGAUGUGGGUGGAGAGGAAGAGUAAAAGGGCCAGAGGGGCAAAGAGGGCUGACACGCCUUGA